AUGGAACGUUUAUUACGACUUGGAGGUCUUGGACCCGGUGGUUUAGGUGGUACACCAGUUGAUUCUCAACAAGUAGACACUAGUGAAACUGUCUACAUAUCUUCGUUAGCCUUGUUAAAAAUGUUAAAACAUGGAAGAGCUGGUGUUCCUAUGGAAGUUAUGGGUUUAAUGCUUGGAGAAUUUAUUGAUGAUUAUACAGUUAAUGUUGUUGAUGUUUUUGCAAUGCCUCAAUCAGGAACAGGAGUAUCUGUUGAAGCUGUUGAUCCAGUUUUUCAAGCAACUAUGCUUGAUAUGUUAAAACAAACAGGAAGACCAGAAAUGGUUGUUGGAUGGUACCAUUCCCAUCCAGGUUUUGGUUGUUGGCUUUCAGGUGUUGAUAUCAAUACACAACAAAGUUUUGAGGCACUGUCUGAUCGUGCUGUUGCUGUGGUAAUUGAUCCAAUUCAAUCUGUAAAAGGUAAAGUUGUUAUUGAUGCUUUCCGAUCUAUAAAUCCUCAAUCUGUUGCUAUGGGACAGGAACCCAGACAAACCACUAGCAAUUUAGGUCAUCUAAAUAAACCAAGUAUUCAAGCUGUCAUUCAUGGUUUGAAUAGACAUUAUUAUUCUAUUCCAAUAGCUUAUAAGACAAAUGAAAUGGAACAAAAAAUGUUAUUAAAUUUAAACAGAACCUCAUGGAUGGAUUCUCUUGGAAUGAAAAAUUUCACUCAUCAUUGUGGUAAUAAUGAAGCAACUUUACAAACAAUGUUAAAAUUAACAAAAGCUUACAAAACUAGCCUGGAAGAGGAAGAAAAGAUGACAGAUGCACAAUUAGCUAUCAAAAAUGUUGGAAAACAGGACCCAAAACGUCACUUAGGAGAUACAGUUACAAAAAUGCUUGGUGAAAACAUUGUACAGACAUCAGCUUCCAUGAUUGAUACAGUUUCUUUUGAUUAA